ACGGGAGUGUGUGCCGCGUGCGAUUGUUUGGGCAUGUUUCUGCUCCGACCACGUGAACCUCUGCUAUGUGGUUUGAAGCGUUUUGAAGCUCCUGCGAAAGUGCCAGGUUCAUCCUUUGAUGGAUGACCUUCCUCCGACAUAUCUGAGGCACGGGUUCACCACGACUUGAAAGAGGAACCUCGUCCCAUUCAUGCUGACUGAGGUGCGGCUAGAAGCCUUCUCUGACAACAGCGGGAAGCUACAGCUCUCCCUGCAGGAGAUCAUAGAAUGGCUGACAGCCAAGGACGAGGAGCUUUCGGAGCAGCUGCCCAUAGGAGGCGACGUGGGCGCCGUCCAGCACCAGAGGGAGUUCCACCAGGCGUUCAUGGAGGAUGUCAAGUCUCGCGGGCCGUUUAUCUACUCUGUCUUGGAGUCUGCCCAGGCUUUCCUGGCUCAGCACCCCUUCCAGGAGCCGGAGGAGACCCUGACCGAUGGAAAAGAGGUGUCUCCACGUCGGCGGAUCUUGAAUGUGAGCCGCUCGGUAUGGAAGCAGGCCAACGUGGCCAGUGACCUGUGGGAAAAACUGACGGCACGCUGCGUGGACCGCCAUAGACACAUGGAGAGGACAUUGGAGCGUCUCCUUCAGAUCCAGGCAGCGAUGGAGGAGCUGGCGGGGGCCCUUGAGCAGGCAGAAGGGGUGAGAGAUGCCUGGGAGCCUGUUGGAGACCUCUUCAUAGACUCUCUGCAGGACCACAUAGACGCAACCAAGUUAUUUAAGGAGGAACUGACCCAGGUGAAGGAAGGCAUGAAGCAAAUCAAUGACCUAGCCCACCAGCUGGCCAUCUCCGAUGUCCAUUUGUCGAUGGAGAACGCCCGUGCCCUGGAGCAUCUCAACAGCAGAUGGAAAGUGCUUCAGGGUUCCAUAGAGGAGCGGCUGAAGCAGCUCCAGGAUGCACAUAGAGACUUUGGCCCUGGGUCGCAGCACUUCCUUUCCAGUUCAGUGCAGAUACCGUGGGAGCGUGCCAUCUCCCCGAACAAAGUGCCCUACUACAUCAACCACCAGGCCCAGACAACUUGCUGGGACCAUCCAAAGAUGACAGAACUGUACCAGGCGCUAGCGGAUCUGAACAACAUCAAGUUCUCAGCAUACAGAACAGCUAUGAAGCUGCGGCGGGUGCAGAAGGCUCUGAGGCUGGAUCUGGUGGCGCUGAGCAGCCUCGUGGAGGUGUUCCGGGAGCAGGAGCUGCAGCAGGGAGAGCAUGUGAUGGAUGUGGUGGAGGUGAUUCACGGCCUCACGGCGCUGUACGAGAGGCUGGAGGAGGAGAGGUCCAUCCUGGUCAACAUUCCACUCUGCGUUGAUAUGUGUCUCAACUGGCUGCUCAACGUCUAUGACAGCGCUCGAAACGGCAAAAUGCGGGUUCUCAGCUUCAAAAUGGGACUGGUGAGCCUGUGCAACGCAGACGUCCAGGAGAAGUACAAAUACUUAUUCCGGCAGGUGUCCGGUAGUGGAGGUUUGACAGACCAGCGUCACCUCAGCCUGCUGCUCCACGAAGCCAUCCAGAUCCCGCGCCAGCUGGGUGAAGUCGCUGCUUUCGGGGGCAGCAACGUGGAGCCAAGUGUCCGUAGCUGCUUCCGCAUGGCCCCUGGGAAACCUGCCAUCGAGGUGUCUCACUUCCUGGAAUGGAUGAGCCUUGAGCCCCAGUCGAUGGUUUGGCUGCCUGUCCUCCACCGCGUGGCUGCUGCAGAGUCCACCAAGCACCAGGCCAAAUGCUACGUCUGCAAACAAUGUCCCAUCAAGGGCUUCAGGUAUCGCAGUCUGAAGCAGUUCAAUGUGGACAUCUGCCAAACAUGUUUUCUAACUGGCCGCACAAGCAAGGGAAAGAAGCUGCACUACCCCAUCAUGGAGUACUACACCCCAACAACCUCGGGAGAGAAGAUGAGGGACUUCGCCAAGACUCUGAAGAAUAAGUUCAGGUCAAAGCAGUACUUCACCAAGCACCCACAGAGAGGUUACCUGCCAGUGCAAUCUGUGCUCGAGGCUGAGAGCUCGGAGACACCGUGCUCCUCACCCAAGCUGCCCCAUGCGGACACGCACAGCAGGAUUGAACAUUACGCCAGCAGACUGGCAGAAAUGGAGAGCCAGAAUUGUUCGUUCUUCACGGAUAGCCUGUCUCCUGAUGAAAGCCUGGAUGAAGAUCAGUACCUCCUGCGUCACUCCAGCCCAGCCCUGGACCAUGACUCUCCCUGCGGACAGCACAUGCUGCUGGCUCACCUGGAGCACCAGGACAAGGAGCAGCUCCAGCGCACCCUGGCCCGCCUGGAGAACGAGAACAGGGUGCUGCAGGGCGAGUACAGGCGGCUCAAGUGGAAACACGAGGAGGCGGCGUCAGUUCCCAUGCUGACUGAGGCGGGAGAGGGCGGCCCGGGCUCGCCCACGGCGGAAGGGCAGCAGGAUGAGGAGCUCCUGGCCGAGGCACGGGUCCUCCGGCAGCACAAGACGCGCCUGGAGACCCGCAUGCAGAUCCUGGAGGACCACAACAAACAGCUAGAGUCCCAGCUGCGCAGGCUCAGGGAGCUGCUGCUACAGCCCAAAGACGAUUCCGAGGCCAACGGAUCAGAGCCGUCGACCUUGUCUUCCCCCGUGUCUGGGGGGGGGCACCACGGUGAGCCAGCCAGCAGAGAGACCACCGACACCGAAGCAGCAGGAGAUGAUUUGGAGCACGAGCAGGAUACGGUGCUGCAGCUCCAGGAGGUCAUAGAGCAGCUGAGAAACGUCUUCCCGUCAGAACCGGGCACCACAUCACACAUCUAACACCGAGUGGUCCCGGAGGAGAAGAGCGAAAGCCUGACAGGACGCCUGACGGCGGAGGGCGGGGCUCCACGCGGCCGAGGUCGGGCCACAGCGCGGCAGGCCUUCUGACCACUGCAGCAGCUACGAUACUCUGAGCUAACCCUCGACUGGAAACUCUGUGCACUAAAAGCCUUUUUCACGCAAACUGCUAAAGGCUCAUGCUGAUGUCCUUUUGGCCGGGCUGUGCUUUCGCGAAACUUCGGCGGCACCGCCUGACACCGUGUUAAUGAGCCAAAGGAAACUAAUGUUAACAGCAGGUCAGGGAGAGAAAACUGCCCAGCCAAGACACUGUGCUAACCAGUAUCUGUGUAGUCCUUUGAAGGUGUGAAGCUUUAUAUCAAUCCACAGCACAAAUCGGACCUUCCGUUAAAAAAAAAAAAGAAAAAAGAAAGAAAAAGAAAGGAUAUCCUCUUGUUUUCGUCAAAAUGUCCGUACGUUGUGUGUGUUUUAUUUCCUUACACGUGUUGCCAUGGUUGCUAUUUUUGAAAUUUAAAGGGAGGCGGUUGAAUUAAAGCCCAAAGUGGCGAAUGAGAGCGUUUAAACUAGACCGGGGGCUGGGCCGACCGCAUCUGAUGUGGCUGACGUGGUGCAGAUUGUCAGGGAGUUGACAGCACCCACAAUGCGCUUAUUUACUGUGCGAGAAUGACACAUCAUCAGUUAAAUCCAUGAUUUAUUUAAGACAGCCAAAGUGCCCGCUAGCACAGCGCCUCUGUAUGCACAUACACACUGUGUUCCUCUAAUCCCCUAAAACUGCUUGUCGCUGUCAUCGCUCGCCUCUCUCUAAGUGAGCCCCUUCCACCCAGACAAAGCCAAUUGCACUCGACGUACGUGCGCGCACACAUGCACAGAGGUAUAUGCUGCUACACACACACGCUCCCUAUUUACGACGCAGCCUCCACGCGUUGUGCACACGAGUGGAUCCCUGCAUGAUCAAUAACGUUUUUCUGCACUGCAUAAGCUACACGCGGCUUACGCGCGCGCUCAUGACAAGUUCCAUUUCAUCUAUUGCGGGACUUGUGCGAUUUUCUCAGUUUCGAGCCGGUUUGCAUUGAGACUGGGAUUGAGUUUCAUUGAGGAAAUGUCUGGCGAUAAAUAUCAGCAUGCGGACCUCCUCUCUGGGAUCUUUAUGUACCUCCCGCUGUGUGCAGAGAAAGAGGAAGACAGAGAUCCGGGCUGAGGCUCGCUUUCUUUCUGCCAGGCCAGCACCAGACUCCAUCUCCAUCCUUAAUAAUCCCAUGCAGAUCUGAAAAGAAUGGUAGCCAUUAACAUGUCCGUGUGUUUCUUCCCUUGCUAACGAACGCUUAAUUGCUUUUAGAUUUACAAAAGGACGUGUGGUUGAAGCGGCUUUGGCCUCGUCGCAUCAGGGUCAUCCGACAUAGCACAGUCAGUUUAUGCCUUAAACCGAGCAGAAUCCAUAUAAGACAACACUUAGCCUUUCUGCAAUUUUUUUUAUUUUUUUUUUUUUUAGUUUAGUUUACAUUCAGGGAAGGAGGUUGCAUCAGAUGUUUGUGCAGCAAUGUCUGUCAACGCCAGCGCGGGCCUGUGGUUGAUAGGAAGCAACAGGACAGCGUGGAUCGGAACAUGUGAACACCCGUAAGUUGCAGCCAGUUAAAUGAGGCAACCAGUGAUGCCGGGGGUUGCUCGGAGGGACUAAAGAUCUGAGAGACGAGAGAGGAAGUGUAGAAAGAAAAAAAAAAAAACAAUGCGUUUUAUUGCUUGAGGGCUGGUGGGAGAGAUCCACUUUGAUGUGCCUGCCACGGCGAAAUCUCCAGAAGCAGGUCCAGAGUUUGCCUGGAACAGCGAAGCUCCGGCUCUGUGAGAUUCUCUGCAAUCACAUCACAUAAUUCUCACAGGAAAGACCGAUGCACGCGGUGAGGGAUCCUGCCGAAAUCUUUAAAAAAAAAAAAAAAAGAAAAAAAAAGCACUCUGACCUCACAUCCAUGAGUUUGAGACCCAUGCGCUGCAUUCAUUAUGGGCUCCCCCUUCGGGCACGUAGCACUCACAUUUGACACCAUCCUUCUCAGCGCACGCUGCUGGUUGCGUUUGAUACUGUUGCUAGGGAACUAUCCCCAAGGACGGGGUUCCACAGGUUUGUGAGUCGGAAAAGUGAUGCGUCGUUCAUAAUACGAAUGCUAAUAGCCUUAAGGGAAGCAAGAGAGAGUGCCUUGGUUCCCGAAGUCUCCUUUUCUUAACUUCCACCUCCACUGAAGCCUGCCGCCGCUGAGCUGCUGCGGAUACUUAUUAGUUGUCGCAUCCGCGUCUGCAUCAUCAGCACCACUUAAGAAUUUGUUUUGUCGAAGCUCUCGCGAGUCGGAACAAAGGGCGGCCGCUCGGUGUGUGGGAGAAAGGAAAGCCUUGACGAACGGCGUUCGCUCAUCGACAUUUCUCCGUCAGUAUUUACGCAUCUCGUUACACGCCCGUGAUUAUCCAUCACCCUCAGUGUAACAAGUGAGUGACAGGUUGUGUAAAAGAAGGAGAGGCAUUCCCCUUAGGGCUGUGUGUCAGCAUUUGUCAUGUUUAUUAUUUUUAGAGGCGGCCCAAUCACAUAAACUCAGCACGUGGUGAAUACAUCAGUUACAUUAUCGCCCUCGGUUUGUGGCCGCGUCUCACCCUGCUGCUGUUUGACACCUCCACCCGAUCCGGCUGCAGGAGAGUCGCAGAGCGAGUCUCCUCUCUGCGUGACUGCGCCAUCGUCCGAGGUCUGAUCCACGAGCUAAUUUCUAUAUUGCUUCUGGCUCCCUUUAUCACCCUCCACACCCACUAACACACACACACACACCCUACUCCCUGUGGCAUGACUGAAGCUGUGUGAUUGAAGUAAAAGACUCUCCGCAGAGGCAAGAGUCCCUAUCGCUGCAUUAAGUCGGUCAACAUGCACACGGCCCCGUCAUUACUCUCCUGCCUUUGCAUCACACCCUCCCCUCUGCCUUUGUGCAUCAUUUGAACAUGUAACAAGGACACACACACACACUUGUACGUAACACAAAACAUACCAGGGCACCUAACCUCGAACAAGGUGUUGAUAACACUAACAUAUGAACACUCAUACCUUACUGGUGAAUUGAGUUAUUUAUUAAUAUAUAUAUUUUUUUUAAUCACCAUUAAUAUACCUCAUAAAUCAUUCAAGUGUUUAUUGUUUAACGGUUUUUGGUUUUCUUUCUCUCUGUCCAGAACUCAAACACUUCUUGCUGUCUUUUCUCUGGAGUUUUUAAUCUGUAAAAAACAAAAACAAACAAAAAAAAAGUUUUCUGAAGAAAAGGCUUUUUACUGUAAUAACAAGUGGGUUACUGGCUGCUUUCUACCCUUUGUGUACAGAAAUAAAAAAAAAGACUUUGUAUUUGGCAAA